GGGAUACUUUUUAAUGUACAUUAUGUAAUUAAAAACAUUCCUAGAUGCUUCAGAAAAAGUUCCUCAGCCUCCUGAGUAGCAGAGGCUACAGGCCCAGCUAUUUUGUCUGCUUUUUAAACCUUUUAAAUGGACAUUUUAAGUCAAUUGCAAAUUAAUAUAGCAUUAAUUCUAUGUAUCCAUAACUCCAGUAAUUAUGAAGCCUCUCAUCUUAUUUCUUCUCUUUCACUGUUUUGUUAGAUAAUUUUACUGGAAAUCUUGCACAUGUUGUUUCAUGUAUAAAUACUUAUAUAAUGUACGUCCAACUAAUACAGACAAUUGAAUGGUGUAUUAGUUUGCUAGGGCUGCCAUCAAAAGGUGCUAUAAACAAGAUGGCUUAACAGCAGAAAAGUAUUGCCUCACAGUACUGGAGUUUACAAAUCUGAAAUUAAGGUUUCAGCAAGGCCAUGCACUUUUGAAAGUUCUGGGGAAAGAGCUGUUCCUUGGCUUGUAGAUAGCUGUCUUCUGUUGCCUCUCCACAUCAUAUUACUUUUACUUGUGUCAAUCUUUGUAUCCAGAUCUUUCCCUUCAUGACAUCAGUCCUACUGGAUAAAGGCCUACUCUAAUGACCUAAUUUUAACUUGAGGUUAAUUGACCUCAUUUAACUUUAUCUCUGUAAAGACUUUCUAUCUAAAUAAGGCCACAUUCUGAGGUAUUAGGAGUUAGGACUCAAAUAUAUCAUUUUGGGCUGACACUAUUCAACUCAUAAUAAACUUUAUCUAACACCAUUAUUUACAAAAUCCUUAACACUAACACCAGUUCUUAUUCAAGUUUCCUUGAUUUGUUCUAAAAUAUCUUAGUAGGUAUCUGAAAUAUUGGAGCUAAGGAGUAUCUGCUCGUUAUAUUUCUUUGUGAUGUCUUUUUCAUUCUGUAAAGGACCCUAUCCCAUCCUCUUUUUUAGAAAUGCCAUUGAGUUGUCAAGAAACUGAUUUACUUGUCCUAUAGAAUGUUCUGCAUUUUGAAUUUGACUGAAUCAUUUCUUAUGAAGUCAUGUAACUAAUUCUGCUAUCAUCUCUUACCUGUAAACUGGUAGUAAUAUUCAGAGGUUUAAUCAUAUUUAAGUUCAGAUUUUUUAAUGUUAUACCAUAUCAUGAAGCAUGUAAUAUCUGACCAUUCCAUUUCCAGUGAGGAUAAAAUUCAUCAGUGGUUUCAGGGAUGGUUACCCUUAUUUUUGCAUUAUAAAAUAUACAUUAAUAUUUAAUCUAACAAAAUUCACUGAUGAUCAUUACCUAGAUCUAUUAUGAUUUCAUUGGGGUUGCAAAAUAGUAAUUUUUAUUACCCUUUUUGUAUUUUUAGCUAUAAUCUUUAAUAGAGAAGAACUCUCCCAAAUUAUUCAGAAAAAGCAGGGUGAAUGUUUGAUAUAUUUUCUUUUUCUAACCAACCUUGAAUAUAAGUUGCUUCUAACUAACUACAGUUGUAAUGAAUUGGUUCUAUUAACUUUCGUUAGUCUCCUUGUGAAUAUACAGAUUUUAAAAUAUCUGAUGUGUUUUGAUCAGUUGUAAUCAUGAUUAUUUUUAGUACUAAAAUUGUUGCAUUCUGGACCCAUUGGAACCCCUUCUGCUUGGUUCUGGCAACUUCCAAGCCUGUCAGCACAUGCCCCAGGUUCAUCUUUUAUGUAUCCUCCCAAGAGUCCAAAAGUCAGCUAUUUCUCUGGGAAGCACUGGAUCCUUUAAGUGAGAAUUAGUAUUUGGAUACCACAAACUUGGUGCUAGUUGUUAAAUUUUGAAUUCUAAUGAAAUUUCCUUUCAGAUUUUCUGGCUCAGCUAUCUAAAUCAGUAUAUAUUUUUCAUGACCAGUUUUUUUUUAAUAUUCCUUUGUAGUCUUGAUUUUCUUAUUACGAAUGAAUAGAGAAGACCCCUGGUUACAACUGUAAUAAUAUACAAAAUAGCCUAAAUAGGGAAAGAAUUCCUGUUACUGGUUGAGGCCUCUAAAUGGUCAAUUGUUCAGUCACAGGAUUAAUUUACUUUUUGAAAGACUUUUAAAAUAUCCAAGGAGUUCAGUCAACAGGAGCAGAUGAGGAAAUGUGUUCAACAUAGUUUUGACUUAAUUGAAGGGGUACGAGCCACACAGAUUUAUGUGUGGGGGUUAUACAUGUCUUCAAGUAUAUUUUAUCAUACUGUUUUGUGAAAAUAUGCAAAUGAUUUUUCAGGGGAAGUAGACGUGCAGAUUUUUUUAAAAUUGCUUUAAAAACUUAGUGUUGGUGUAUUUUCUAACAAUGUCUACUACUAAAUUUCAUAUUUUCUUUCAUCUUCAAAUUAAAUAUAGACACAUAUAUCCCUGUGGUUAUCUGAACAAAGAUAAAUGCCUGGACACAAAAUGAGAGAAUGCACAAUUGUAGUAAAAUAAAUUAGAUCUGUUUGAAAAUGAAAACAUGUUUGUAAAUUCUCACGCAGAGUUUCAGUGCCUAUGAACUGCCCCUUCUCGGGAGACAGAGCCUGGAUGUCAUGAUUUACUCCUCCUACGGUUCGUAUUGUGCACUCAGGCUUGGCCUGUAACAUUGAAGAGGAGCGCUACUCUGAAAGGGUCUACACUAUCCGGGAAGGAGAAACCCUAGAGUUGACUUGUCUAGUCACAGGACAUCCACGUCCACAGGUGGACCAAAACAGCAGGAAGUGCCUCUGACAGAUUCCAAGACUCAAGUGUCUUCAAUGAGACUUUGAGGAUUACAAAUAUUCAGCGACACCAAGGAGGCCGGUAUUACUGUAAAGCAGAGAAUGGCUUGGGGUCCCCAGCGAUAAAGUCAAUCAGAGUGGAUGUAUACUAUUUGGAUGAUCCAGUAGUAACUGUUCAUCAAAGUAUAGGUGAAGCUAAAGAACAAUUUUACUAUGAGAGAACAGUGUUCCUCCGGUGUGUUGCCAAUUCCAAUCCUCCUGUUCGGUAUAGCUGGAGACGUGGCCAGGAGGUCUUGCUGCAAGGAUCUGAUAAAGGAGUUGAGAUUUAUGAACCAUUCUUUACCCAGGGUGAAACAAAGAUCUUAAAACUAAAGAAUCUUCGACCUCAGGACUAUGCUAAUUAUAGCUGCAUUGCUUCAGUGAGGAACGUAUGUAAUAUUCCUGAUAAGAUGGUGUCAUUUAGACUGUCCAAUAAAACAGCAUCACCGUCAAUUAAACUCUUGGUGGAUGAUCCUAUAGUUGUAAAUCCUGGAGAGGCCAUAACAUUAGUAUGUGUUACAACAGGAGGAGAGCCUGCACCUUCUCUCACCUGGGUCAGGUCCUUUGGGACUCUGCCUGAAAAGACUGUUUUGAAUGGAGGAACUUUGACCAUACCUGCUAUCACCUCAGAUGAUGCUGGUACUUACAGCUGCAUUGCCAAUAAUAAUGUGGGAAACCCUGCAAAAAAGUCCACCAACAUCAUUGUGAGAGCAUUAAAAAAAGGACGAUUUUGGAUCACACCAGAUCCUUAUCACAAAGAUGACAACAUCCAGAUUGGCCGUGAGGUGAAAAUAUCUUGCCAAGUAGAAGCUGUUCCUUCUGAGGAGCUAACAUUUAGUUGGUUUAAAAAUGGUCGUCCAUUAAGAAGUUCUGAGCGGAUGGUCAUUACACAGACUGAUCCUGAUGUCUCUCCAGGAACAACAAACUUGGACAUCAUUGAUUUAAAAUUCACGGAUUUUGGAACGUACACAUGUGUAGCAUCUCUGAAGGGAGGAGGAAUAUCUGAUAUCAGUAUCGAUGUUAAUAUAUCCAGCAGCACAGUUCCACCCAAUCUGACUGUUCCACAGGAAAAAUCACCAUUGGUCACCAGAGAAGGAGACACAAUAGAACUGCAAUGUCAAGUAACUGGCAAACCUAAACCAAUCAUCCUUUGGUCUAGAGCGGAUAAAGAAGUUGCAAUGCCUGAUGGAUCAAUGCAAAUGGAGAGUUAUGAUGGAACACUGAGGAUUGUGAAUGUGUCUAGGGAAAUGUCAGGAAUGUACAGAUGUCAGACCAGCCAAUACAAUGGAUUUAACGUGAAACCAAGGGAAGCCUUGGUGCAGCUCAUCGUUCAGUAUCCCCCUGCAGUGGAACCAGCAUUCUUGGAAAUCCGGCAAGGACAGGAUCGAAGUGUCACUAUGAGCUGCAGAGUACUGAGAGCCUAUCCAAUACGGGUGCUGACCUACGAGUGGCGCUUGGGCAAUAAAUUAUUACGGACGGGUCAAUUUGACUCUCAGGAAUACACAGAGUACCCUGUGAAGAGUCUUUCCAAUGAAAACUAUGGAGUUUAUAACUGUAGCAUCAUAAAUGAAGCUGGAGCUGGGAGAUGCAGCUUUCUUGUAACAGGAAAGGCCUAUGCUCCAGAAUUCUAUUAUGAUACCUACAAUCCAGUAUGGCAGAACAGACACCGUGUUUAUUCUUACAGUCUACAGUGGACACAGAUGAAUCCUGAUGCAGUGGAUCGGAUUGUUGCAUACCGGUUGGGUAUCAGACAGGCUGGGCAGCAGCGUUGGUGGGAGCAGGAGAUUAAAAUAAAUGGGAAUAUUCAAAAGGGAGAAUUAAUUACAUAUAACUUGACAGAGCUAAUUAAACCAGAAGCUUAUGAAGUCCGACUGACUCCUCUCACCAAAUUUGGUGAAGGAGAUUCAACAAUUCGUGUGAUCAAAUACAGUGCUCCUGUAAAUCCUCAUUUGAGAGAAUUUCAUUGUGGAUUUGAAGAUGGUAAUAUUUGUUUGUUCACUCAAGAUGAUACAGAUAAUUUUGACUGGACAAAACAAAGUACUGCAACAAGAAAUACAAAAUAUACUCCUAAUACAGGACCUAAUGCUGACCGUAGUGGCUCCAAAGAAGGUUUUUAUAUGUACAUUGAGACAUCACGACCCAGAUUGGAAGGCGAAAAGGCUCGACUUCUCAGCCCUGUUUUCAGCAUAGCUCCCAAAAACCCUUAUGGACCCACAAACACUGCAUAUUGUUUCAGCUUCUUUUAUCACAUGUAUGGACAACAUAUAGGCGUCUUAAAUGUUUAUCUACGUUUGAAAGGGCAAACAACAAUAGAGAAUCCACUGUGGUCUUCAAGUGGGAAUAAAGGACAAAGAUGGAAUGAGGCUCAUGUUAAUAUAUACCCAAUUACUUCAUUUCAGCUCAUUUUUGAAGGUAUCCGAGGUCCUGGAAUAGAAGGUGACAUUGCUAUUGAUGAUGUAUCAAUUGCAGAAGGAGAAUGUGCAAAACAAGACCUAGCAACUAAGAAUUCCGUUGAUGGUGCUGUUGGGAUUUUGGUUCAUAUAUGGCUUUUUCCCAUUAUCGUCCUCAUCUCUAUCUUGAGUCCUCGAAGGUGACCUUAUCCUGGCAGAGGCUAUAAAAGAUUCACCAGGCACUGGCAUGAAGAAAGAGUCUUUGUAAAUGGACAUUGAACAAACAAACUACCAAAGAUUCCUCCACUGACUACUGACUCAAAAACAAAAUAAUAAAAACAAAUUUUUUUAAGCACUGGGGAUAAAAAGACAUCAUGGAAGUAUAACUUAUUCCAAACUAAACAUAAAAGAUAUUCUUGACCUGAGUAGAGAAGAGACCUUCAGGUGCUUUUGUGGCUAAAAAGAUUACAGCGUCAUCUGGUUGAACUCUGGAAAAAAAAAAAAAAAAGAAAAAAAGAAAAAAAAAAAAAAGAGCUAUAGAAAUCCUUGUCAAAGCACAAAGUCAUGGCUGGUUUUGUUUCAAAUGAAUAGUUUGCUUGUUACCAUGGAAACCUAAUGGCCUGCCAACAAAAACCUCACUGUAAACAGGGUACGUGAAGAGCUGGCAUUUAUUUUCGUUUCGAGAAGGUUUUCAUAGAGAAUUAAAUAAAUGUAGGCCCUUUUACCUUUGGCUGUUACCCUUCCUUGAAAAUAACCCGAACUCAGAAUUAUUUAAAGCAUUCAUGUUUCUCCCCACCUUAUCCCCAUCCCACAUUUAUUAUUAUUAUUUUUCUCCCAUGGCUAAGCUAGAUAACUGUAUGCUGUCUCUUUUUGCAUGCACUACUAUCCAGGAUGGUAAACCUGGGCUUACAUAUUACACAGGCUUAUCGGAGUUUGCUUGCGGCCACUUGAACACCCAAACUACGUCAUCUGUUCCAAUGAAGAAACCAAACCACCAUCUUUUAUAAAUUGCCAUGGAAACCAAGUGCCUUCAAUGAAACAAGCCUGAAUAAUUUUCAACUCAGAAGCUUGCACUGCUAAGAGUGGUUUGUGUAAAACUAUUUUAUAAACAAACUACAGAGCCUAAAUGUGCAAAUUACAGGCAAGACAACAAAGCCGCUUCUGAAGAAGAAAGGACCGAAGCUGCUGCGUAAGCCCAUGCAGACAAGAUAUUUGUUGUUUAACCUCCUAGACAGCCAUGGCCUUUCGGCUUAUUGUCCAUUAGAAAAUUACUUCCAUUGAGACCAGACAUGGAGCAACACUGUUUUUCUUCCAGGUUAUUAAAUGGGUCAACCAGAGCAAAAGGUUAUUAAGAAUACUUAGUGCAGAAGGUGGUAGAACACAAAAGUGAUUUUUUUAACUCUAACCUCCAUUUGAAAUGAAAUUGGCCCUAGCUUUAGAGGGAACAAGAAAAUGUUUGGGAUUGCAGUGCAUACUAACUCUACAGUGGAACUGGGCCUGAAAAAUCUGGCUUUAUUCUAAACUCUAAGGGUAAUAUGCCUCUGCCCUUUAGUCAGACUCUGUGCAAAUUGUGAAAUAUUAUUUUAUUAUUUUACCAAGAUUAAAAAACACUUUUACAAAAAAACAAAAACCUGUAAAAAUGAUUUUGAGCUACCUGAGGACAAAUCAUAUCUUUAACCAGCCAGUUUUCCAAUGCAUUGUAAAUUUCACUUAAACCUGUUGGUUAUGAAAAUUUGAAGAUCCUUUUCCUUAAAUUAUCUCAGCUUUUAACUUCAUUUAAAAAGACUUUUGUCUAAGAAGAAUAUUAUUAUUAUAUGUUCUCUCAACACCCCAGGAUUAAAAAAAACCUGCUUAUGCAAGUAAUUGGAAUAUAAGUAUUAAAUUAUAACAUUUGCGAGUAUUAAUAUAAAAAGCACAACAAAAUGUAGUGGAAAACGACAAAGCUUGAUUUUUUAAAACAAUUCUGUAGAAAUGUUUGUGCAAAUUCAGUAAUUCAACUUAAAAUAUAAUUUUACAGCUUAUGUUCAAUAAAGCCUCUUUCCAGGUAAGGUA